AUGUCUAGAUACCCGGUAGCAGCUGGUCCAGCAUUGGCCGACCGCGGCCGCGAUUGCGAUAGCGUCCUCCACCAGUCACCGCUCACCACUCCGGCCACUCCACACCCACAACGCAUCCCUCCUCUAGCCUUUUGGCUGCGGCCACGCCAACCCCUCUCCCUUCACCUCCUGCUCCCGCGCGCCGGGCGCCAUUCGCUUCCCUUCGCCGCCACCGCCGCGCCAUUGAGCUCCAGGGGGCCGAAAGCCACCGUCCUGGCGCCAGGUCCCCGGCGCCGCGCCGCCCGGCUGUCGGUGCCCGCCGUGGCGGCCGAGACUGCGCGCGCCGAGGACGCGCCGUCCCCGUCGCCGUCUGGGGAUGGCGCGUUCGACUGGCUGGACCACUGGUACCCUUUCGCCCCCGUGUGCGACCUCGACCCCGGCGCGCCGCACGGCAAGACGGUGCUCGGGCUCAGCGUCGUCGCCUGGUACGACCGUGGCGCCGGCGAGUGGCGUGUGUUCGACGACGCCUGCCCGCACCGCCUCGCGCCGCUCUCCGAGGGCCGCGUCGACGGCAAGGGGCGGCUCCAGUGCGUCUACCACGGCUGGUGCUUCGACGGCGCCGGCGCCGGCGCCUGCAAGUUCAUCCCCCAGGCGCCCGCCCUCGGCCCUCCCGUGCACAAGAACAGCAAGGCGUGCGUGGCGUCGUACCCAACCGCGGUGCAGAACAAGAUCCUGUGGUUCUACCCGAGGCCCGAGCCCGAGCACAGGGACGUGCUGCAGAGGAAGCGCCCGCCGUACAUCAAGGAGAUCGACGACCCGUCCUUCGUCACCGCGUUCGGCAUCAGAGAUCUCUUGUAUGGGUAUGAUAUCUUGGCAGAGAACCUGAUGGACCCUUCUCAUGUCCCGUAUGCCCACAAGGGGCUGAUAGGCGGGCCCCGCAACACACAAGAUCCCGGGAGAGUUGAGCACGACAAAGAAGGCGGCGGCUCGAUCAAGCUGAAGAUAGAGGAAGCGAGCCUGGCCGGGUUCCUGUCGUCGUGGGAACGCGGCUCCUGGAGCCUGCAGGUGAUGCCAUGCCCUGACGAACCCACAGAGCGAGCCACUUCAACAGCACGGCAUUGUUCGCUGGCCCUGCAGGCGAAACCGGGGAAGAAGAAUACGCCCCGGUUCAUGCUCGUGGUGUUCUGCGUCCCGGUGGCUCCUGGCCGGAGCCGGCUGAUCUGGGCGUUCCCGAGGAAUUUUGGGGUCUGGCUCGACCUGAUCAUACCACGGUGGCUCUACCACGUCGGCCAGAACCGUGUGCUGGAUUCAGAUGCUUACAUCCUCCAUGUCGAGGAACGCAAGUUUGCUGCGUCAGGCCUUGACAACUGGCACAAUGAUUGCUAUGUGCCGGCAUCGUCGGACACCAUGGUCGUCGCCUUCAGGAGCUGGUUCAGGAAGUACUGCAAGAAUCGGGUUGGCUGGGCGACCCCACAGCCUGACGAGCUGCCGCCGACCCCUAACAAGGACACACUCAUGGAGAGGUACUGGUCGCACGUGGUGCAGUGCAGGAGCUGCAGCGCGGCGCUGAAGGCCAUGAGGGCGCUCGAGGUCGCCUUGCAGGUCGCGUCGGUCGCCGUCGUCGGUGUCCUCGCGGUCGCCAAGGAGACGACGCUGGUCAUGUCGGCUGCUCAGAGAGCCGUCGUCGUGUCCGCGGCCGUGUUGUGCUUCGCCGCGUCCCGCUGGCUCUCAAACUUCAUCGAGAACAACUUCUUCUUCCAGGAUUACUCCCAUGCUUACAAGUGACGCGCUCUGGAGGAUGAGGAGAAUGCAAUGAUUGUGUUCGUAAAAUUUUUAUGAAAAAUUAAAAAAGUCAAAUGAUUUAUAA